UGGUAACUGUUGCAUUCAACGCUUCGUUCGCUCCACUCCACGAGCCAGCUUGUUUUCUGUGUGUUGAGUUCGUGAAUUCUCGAGUUCGUGCGUCGUUCGUUCGCCCGUCCGACGUCGUUCGUGUAUCGCCCUCGUUCGUGUGUUGGUGCAUGUGUGUGCGUCUAGUGUGUGGGUGCCGGUAGGCAGUGUGUUUGAGCUCCAUAUAUUUCACGCAAUCUUCGAUUUUAGUUGGAAAGCAUACAGCGAUCGUAUAUAUAGCUCGUAAUCGAAUAAGUAACCAAACAACAAAAAAUAUUUAUAUUAAUAAAAAUAAUAAAAAUAAACAAAAUCCCAGUGAAAGUCACACACACGAAAACAACACACACACAUAAAGUCUAAAGGCGGGCCGUAAAGUGCCGCUGGAAAAGUACUUCCACGUUUUAUUUUAUGCAUGAAAAGCUAAAGCAAGUGCAACCGCAACAACACACAAAUCUCACUCCUCACUCCAUUCAAGUCCCACAAAAAAUAAGUCCAAAUACGGAAAAAUAAACCCGGGAUUACAGCACGCAAAAAAGAAAAACACAAAGUAAAUAAAAGGAAGCCAAAGGAAGUCAACACAAAAUCAUGUCACGGAUCGUUUUUAUAUUUCUCGCAGCCAUCUUAACAGAUGCGCUCACCUGGUCGCAGCAGGUGAACGUGGAACCCAACACGGCCCUGCUCAACGAGGGAGAUCGCACUGAGCUGCUGUGCCGCUACGGCAGAUCCAUCAACUAUUGCCGCAUCGAGAUCCCGGGCGAGGAGAAGGUCCUCAACCUGUCGCCCGAGUGGAGCAAGACCCCCGGCUUUACCUACUACGGAGCGGGCCUGACCGCCGGCCAGUGCGGCGUCAGCAUCGAGCGGGUGAAGGCCAGCUAUAAUGGCCAGGUCAAGUGCAGUCUGGGCGUCGAGGGCGAGGAGCUGUCGGGCACCAUCGAUCUGGUUGUGGCAUUGCGUCCCCAGCAGCCCAUUAUCGAGCUGCUGACGCGACCAAAUCGCGAGGGAUACUUCAACGAGAACACCGAAUUCAAGGCUCGCUGCACCGUUCGCGAUGGUCGCCCGCCUGCGAAUAUCUCUUGGUUCAUCGACAACAUGCCGGCCAACAAGCGGACCACACCCCUGGACAUCCGUCCCUCCUCCAACAUUAACAGCAACGCUCGCGACAACGUCGUGCUGUCGACCUCCGAGCAGGAGAUCCAGUGGCAUCUGUCGCCGGAGGAUAGCAACCGGAAGCUGGUCUGUCGCUCGCACCACCAGACCGAUCGCGAGAGUUUGCCGCCCCAGGAGGCAGCCUACAUCCUCAAUGUGCGAUAUGCCCCCAUCCAUCAAGUCGAUGCCGCCGUUUAUGGCCUGUAUCUGGACCACACUGCCAUUGUGAACAUCACCAUUAAGGCCAGCCCGCAGCCCAAGAUCGAGUGGACCAUCGACGGGGCGAUCGUGUCGCAGGGACGCACCGACGGACGCUACUCGGCGUACGAGCCGCAGUAUUUGGGCAACGACGAGUACAAUGUGACUUUGGCCAUCGCCGGACUUACGCUGGAGGACACCACGAAAGUGUACCAACUGCGGGCCACCAAUGAACUGGGCAUGACGGACUACCAGGUGCGGAUUAGCUCGUCGAGCAAACCGCCCAGCAGCAGCCUCGAUGUGGCCGCCAUUGUUGGCAUUGUGGUGGCUGUAGCUGUCCUGGUCCUGAUUGUCCUCCUGGUUCUCUUUGCCCGCGCCACCGGACGAUGGUGUUUUGGCGGAAAAUCCAUUAAGACGCCCACAAACGAAACUCAGAGCGAUAAGCAACUGGAGUUGGAGACCCACGGCCAAAACGUGGCCUUGCUGGAGACCCCCAAUGGCAUCACCCUGCUGGGCGCAAGCAAGCUGCGAGAGCCCAAUGGCACCACCAACGGCACCCAGGAUCGCCUUUCCGUGGAGACGAGACGCAAGCACAACGACGACGACGACAGCUUCGAGUAUGGCACAGAUCGCGAGAGCAGUGUCUAUAAUCCCACGACUCGACCCCUGAAGAGCAUCCUGAUGAGCCAGGCCGGAGGUCGCAACUCCAGGAGUUCCACGAGCGACAAGGAGGACGGCAAUGAGGAUCUCCUGCAGAAAGGAAACCAGCUGGGCAUACCCGAGUCGCGAUUCUCGCGCUGGCUGCCCAAGGAUCAGCGCGAACUGAUCGAGAAGCAGGCCAUGCUGCUGUCGGGACGAGGCAAGGCCAAGGCGCCGCCAGCAACUCCCCCAAAGCCACAGAAGCCGCAAAUCGGAGACACAAUAGCUACAAAUAGCAACAAUAUAACUGCAACGCCAGCAACACCAGCAACACCGACGACGCCAAAGAUUCCCCAGGAAACGGAAAUCUGAGAGAGCCACGUGUCCCUGUGUCUGUGUGCGCGCGUGUGACAUCCAUAUUUAUUUACUUUCUACUCUUUUCGGGAACAGGAAACGAAGCGCAGCAGGAUUAGAAAGGCAAUGGAGCAGAUUUGUGGCAAAUCGGGCAAUUUUUAAAAGGAAAGCCAAGGGAAAAUUGCAAAGAGGAAAACUAUAAAGGAUUUUUUAGCAUUUUUCAGAGAGAUGUAGUAGAAAUCCUUGACUAAAACUUGUUUAAAGUUCAGUUCCAAAUUAAAAACAUAUAUAAAUUUCUAAAACGAGCUCCUAGUUCUGCAGAGGCUUUAGAAGCGAACCAACUAAAUCAAGUGCCUUAGUAAAAUAUAAUAAAUAAAUUAUUUAAAGAAUUUAAAAUCAAAUUAAACGAAAGAAUUCUGCGAUAGUUUCCCGGGUUAGGCCACAAAACUGACUCCAAAAUUAGUCUUUAAGCUUCGUAUUUACUCAUAAACGUUUCCUUACCCACACAUAAACAAAACCAAACUCCAGACAUUGAAGACCUAAAACCAAGAUCAAUGAAAACUGAAUUCAUAUCAUAGAGAGAUUGAUGCCGGCAUGAAAUUAAGUUAUUAUCGAAUACGUUUUAUGGAGAAGCGUUUGCAUGGCAAGCAUGAAGCGACAAAAUCAUUGUUUUUUACACGUAUUUAUAUUGUAGUCACUGUGUACUAGUGGAAAGUGUUCAUCUUAAGCCGAGCACACUGUACUUUAUCACGUUAGUAUUUAAUUUCGACAGCAGAAAACCUAAAGUAUAACUUUGAGUUACAAUUUAGGAAGUAAAAACUAAACAAAAACGAUAACCGUAGCCUAGGACCUUUUGAUACAAGUUGUUUUCCUUUUCAUUAAUUUAAACAAAACGUAUGUUUAAUAUUUAAUAAUAAUAAAAACAGUUAAGAUCAAGAAGGGUUUGUCGGUAGUUUUUCUGGUCUGUAUUUAUUUAUUUUCACUGAGAAAACGUGCGACUGUGUGUGUGAGAGGAGUGUUUUGAAUGAAAUGGCAUUUUGUGUGUGUGUAAGUGACGCAACCUGAAAGGAAAAAUUCUAACAAUGCUGCACACACAUAUCAAAGCGGAAUUUCCCCCAUUCAGUUUUACAUUUUGCGAGCAUAACAAAAGCAAUAUCAUUAAAAUACAAUAGCAAUUUCAUAUAUUUAUACAUAUAUGAGGGACUAACACGCAACGUAUUGUACAUAUAGAAACACACAAAUACAAGCACGAACACACUUUCAGAUACGUGUAGGUAGGAAAAUGUAUCUGGCAGAUACUUGUUGAACUUUUCCAGACUUCAGGCAGACAGACAGGCAGGCAGACAUUCAAAUGAGCCGAAAAAUAUUUAUGGAAUAUAAAUGGACCUCAUUUUGGCCAAAGCGAAAGGGAACGUAUAAUGGUCAAAAUGGGUUAAGGGUCGAAAUGGGAGGAGCCCUUAAAGUAGCUUAAAAAGAAUUAUUAUCAGGGCAAGUAAGUUGCAGUUUCAAGGUAAUUGCCUUGCAACUCCGUCCGUUUAAAAUUAAAAAUUCUGGUAAACUUCCCCCGGAACAACUAACUUUGUUAAGCCGAAAUUUGUAUGCCCUUGCAGGUUACAAUUGGAUCAAGGGUCGCACCUAAAAUAAAGCCAAAAAUGCAUUAAUUUCAGUUCGGAAAGCUUUU